GAACGCGUCUCCGUUGGUGACGCAUGUUACGUCGAGUCGUUCAAUACUCACAUUAGCACAGCUUUAUAUCAUUGUUAGGAAGGAGAAACAUGUAUUACCGAAUCAGAUAAUCGUUAUUCAAGCGUGCUCACUUUAUACGGUAUUGGUGUCGUUAUUUUACACAUCUACAGUGUGGAGGAAAAUGACCGAUUUGACAGAUUCCCUGAGCAAAGAGGGCUGGUACCUCAGUGAUGAAGGCAUAGCAGAACUGAAAGGAUCUGCUGAGAAAAUAACACACAAUGACAUUAUUCGUAUUGCACUUGACAGUGACCUCAGGCCUAUUGGGGGGAAAUUUCUACCGGCUGAUAUCAAUAGUGGAAGAACUGAGAAGUUGGAAGGUCCAUGUGUUCUUCAGGUGCAGAAGGUGAGGAACGUCACAGCUCCUAAAGACCAUGAGGAGUCCCAGGGCGCGCCGCGAAUGCUGCGCCUACAAAUGACAGAUGGGCAUACCACCUGUGUUGGAUUGGAGUUUAAACACCUGUCUAAGCUCAGUCUAAAUACCCCCCCUGGAACAAAGGUGAAGCUCCUUGGUACAGUCCAGGUUAAAAACGGUCUUUUGCUGCUCGAUGACUCAAAAAUCUCUGUCCUCGGAGGAGAGGUUGAUUACAUGGUGGAGAAAUGGGAACUCCAAAGGAGUCUGGCCAAACACAGCAGGAGUAACAUUGGAGCAGAGGGUGGACCUCCUCCCUUUGUGCCAUUUGGUCAGAAGUGUGCAAGGAAGGAAGAAGUAGACACCAGAGAUCUAGACCAGAGGAAGACCCUCCAGACUCAAAAUGCAGGCAAAAGUCCUGACGAGAAUGAUGAGUUUGAAAAGCAGCGGACAGCAGCUAUCGCUGAGGUGGCCAAGACCAAAGAGGCUCCGCGCACGUUCGGUGGUGGAGGAAAUGCAGGCAGCAAUUUAUCCAGCGGCGCUACCUCCUACCGCGGCCGAGACUCCUACCAGCAGAGGAGACGAGAAGACAGGUUCGAAAGACCUGACAGCAGACAAGAUGGAAACUAUCGAGAGCUGGUGGAUGAGCGUGCUCUGAGAGACAUCAUGGAGAUGGGCUUUCACAGGGAGGCUGCUCGCCAGGCGCUAAUGGAUAAUAACAACAACCUUGAAGUGGCACUAAACAGCCUCCUGACUGGAUCUUCUGGUAGCAGACCUAGCCCUGUGCUAGAUGAACCUAUCAAGCCCCAACCAAGAGCCAGAGGAAGGGGAAGAGGCAGGUCCAGAAAUGAAGAUGAGGAGGAGGGAGCAGGGGGAAGGCCUUCUGGACCAAGCACUCUUUUUGACUUUCUUGAAUCUAAGAUGGGAGUUUUCUCCAUUGAUGAGCCAAAGAGCCAGGGACCUCAGAGACACCAUGAGAGUAAAGCGAAUUUCUCCAACUCAGACUAUUACUCCAAAGACACAUCUCACAACAAGUUCUCCUCGCAUAAUGACCACAGGCAACAAAGGAAUGACCGACCGCCUCGCUUCCACAGGGACUUUGAUUUCCCCAAACCUGGCCAGGAGCCUCUCUCAAACUGUACAAACUCCCAAACAUCAGCUCAAGGCCAGCAGUGGAAGGGCCAGGAGAGGUGGUCCCGAGGCCCAUCAGACAGAUCGCAAAAUGACAGGAGAGAGAUGAGAGACGAGCAGACCUUUCCUUCAUCCUUCCCGACUACUUUCCCACAUUCAAAAGAACCUCAGCAGCAGAUGGAGUUUGGUGGAUCUUACCACCAGCGAUCCAGAAAUGGCGAUUGUGGUGGGAACAUGGCUAACAGGAGAGGGCCAAGAGACAACGCACCCGCAUCUAAACUGACUGACUCUACAGGCAGUGAGCCCGAUGGAAGAGGGAAUAGUAAACGCACAGACAGAACUGAAGAACCCAACAACAGCAGGAGGAGGGGGAAGACUGACCGGCCAAACUCGGACCACUUUGACCGACAAAGGGAUAGCGGACCACCGAACUUUAACCUGAGGGGAGGAAGCUCAGGGACCUCCCAGGAAGCGGGGUUAUCGCGGGAUUGUCGGAUCACGACUGGGGAUCCUUCUCAUUUCCAAAACGGAGAUAUGGAACACAAAAGAACUGGGCCAAUCAAGCCAACUAACUCACCGUGCCCCCCCAACAGGGAGCCACCCCCCAAGAAAAACCCUUCUAACAACCCAGGACCUAAAAGAAGGCCAGGACAAGGCAAAGGUCAAGGUCCUCGAGGACCGGAGAAAAGUCAUUUCGUGGAACUCGCUUGGAAACCUGGAGACCAGUGCCUGGCACUGUACUGGGAAGACGGCAAGUUCUACCACGCCAGAAUAGAUGCUGUGCAUCCAUCAGGCUCCACGGCUGUGGUUGUGUUCAGCGAUUAUGGAAACUGCGAAGAGGUCCUGCUGCAUAACAUCAAACCCGUUUCAGCUGAUGCAUUGUAACAUCACAACCAUGUCAAAUGUCCAAUGGCAGGAGGAAGAGGACGGUUACUACGACAGUUCACUAGAGUUUCGCCGUGGGGGAGAUGGACAGCCUAGACGCACGAGACCCACACAGCAGUAUUACCAGCCACCUAGGGCACGAGAUUGAUGUGUCUGCGUUUACACUGGCAGGUAAUCAAAUAUGAAAUUGUGUUUUUUUUUUUUUUUUUUUCCCCCCAUUAAUAAUUCAACAUCAAACAACGUGUGAACAAAGUUCCUAUUUUUAUAUGGAAACCUUGUAUUCAUAACAUCACUCCUCAUUGUGGUGGGAGUCUUGAAUUGUAAAUGUGAAAGUUCAUGCUCUCAUUUUUUGAUAUAGAAAUUGAUUUUACAUAAUUGUAUAAUUUUAACAUGUCGCUGCUUCUACUGGUACCAUGCAUUGUGUAAAAAAAGCUAUUUCACAUGGUCUGCAGCAAGAUGCCCAAAAUGCAAACAUGGUUAAUUUUGUAUAUUUAUGUAAUUAUUUUUCUUUUCUUCACCCAUUUGUGUGAUUGUCCCACGUCCUCCCAUGACAGAAGUUAUGUCACUUUCUGCCACAAUCCAGAAUGCUUCCUGAAUUUGUAAUUGUCCACACCGCCAGGACAUACAGAACUCUUUCAAAGGGCUUGGACAAAAAUGCAAAAAAUAAAAGAAAAACUGACAUGAGCACCUGUUGAUAUUGUUAAGGACAUAUCUACUGUAUAUGUUGUGAAGAUUUGUUUAAUGGAUGCAUUAAAAUAAACGACUAUUAUAGUAUGUAGCGGA